UCAAGAAACCGGCCCUCUUCCCUCACCACUCUUUCUCUCUCUUCCUGGAAAGUGUUCUUCUUCUUCCUCUUGUAAAAGGCGGAGAAUUUAAAGACACUGAUUUCUUCAUCUUCUUCUUUCAUUUGUAUUCAUUCAAUCGAUUCAAAAUCCCGGGGGAUUCCCGGAGGAGAAAUGUUCUCAUUGAUUAAUUUUCUAAUCUAUUUCAUUCUCAUCGCCUUAUCAUUUGUAUUGAUUCGAUUGUUCUUGUAUCGAACGGCUUUGAGUUACGUUCUCAAGAAAUGGAUUCAUUCUAUUGAAGAUACAGUUCAUGUUCAUCAGUUCUUCAAAGUUCCAGAGUUUAAUGAAAACGAGCAGCAGAAUCAAUUCUAUAGAAAAGUUCUUACAUACGUCAAUUCUCUAUCGUCGAUAGAGGAUUCCGAUUACACAUGUCUUUUCGCCGGUAAGAAAUCAAACGAUAUUCUACUCUCUCUUGAUGAUAAUCAGAUUGUACAAGACGAUUUUCUUGGUGCUAGGGUUUCUUGGAAGAACGAGGUCUCGAGAAAAUCAAAUAUUUGUAGGACUUUUGUUUUGAGAAUCAAGAAGAAAGACAAACGUCGGAUUCUUCGUCCUUAUUUACAGCAUAUUCACACGGUUUCCGAUGAGAUUGAACAACGUCGUCGCGAAGUUAAUCUUUUCAUCAAUAAUAGAGGGCUAGGACGAUGGUCAUCCGUUCCUUUUCGUCAUCCGUCGACAAUCGAAACAGUUGUUAUGGAUUCCGAUCUCAAAUCGAAGGUUAAAUCUGAUCUUGAAUCAUUUCUUAAAUCUAAACAGUAUUAUCAUAGACUCGGCCGUGUUUGGAAAAAGAGUUAUUUACUAUACGGACCAUCAGGAACUGGUAAAUCGAGUUUUGUAGCGGCGAUGGCGAAAUUUCUAUCGUAUGAUGUUUACGAUGUCGAUCUAUCUCGAAUCUCAGAUGAUUCCGAUCUGAAAAAGCUUCUACUUCAAACAACUGCUAAAUCGUUGAUUGUCAUUGAAGAUCUGGAUCGAUUCUUGAAUGAGAAAUCAAAAUCGGUUAGUUUAUCAGGGUUUCUAAACUUCAUGGAUGGAAUAUUGAACUCAUGUUCUAGUGACGAGAAAAUCAUGGUGUUUACAAUGAACUUUAAGGAUCAAAUUGAUCCGGCAAUACUCCGGCCAGGUAGAAUCGAUGUUCAGAUUUACUUUCCUCUUUGCGAUUUCAAUUCCUUUAAACAUCUAGCAAACAAUUAUCUGGGUCUUAAAGAACACAAGCUGUUUCCACAAGUUGAAGAGGUUUUUCAGAACUUGACGGCCGGAAUCAGUCCGGCGGAAGUAUGUGAAAUCAUGAUAGCAAAUCGUGGUUCUCCAAGUCGGGCGAUCAAAUCUGUAAUGACGGCUUUGCAGACGAACGUGGUGAAGUCGUCGGCGACGGCGUCGGUGAUGGGGUCGAGGUUGGUUGAUUGUCCGUCGCCGGUUGAAGAUUCCGGUGAGCAGUCCGGCGUGUUUGGGAAGGAUAUUAUGCCGGUGAAGGAAUUUAGAAAGUUAUAUGGAUUGUGGAGAUCGAAAACUUCAAAGAAGAUUGGACCGUUUGAUGAUGAACCGGAUCAUUUGAACCGGUCUUAAAUUAAGCCCGUAAGCUGGGCCCUACUAUCAUUUAUUCCUCCCCUACCUUAUUGUUUAUUUAAAUAGGAAAACAUAUUUUCUUUUUUAAUAAUAUAUAUUAUAUAUAAAAAAAAUGAAGUUUCUUUUUUGUA